CCAAUCAGCGGCGCGGGGGGCGGACCGCGGGCGCGCACGUUCCGGGCCCGCAGCUCUAGUAGCCAGAGCGCACGGAGGCGCGGCGCGGAGGUGGCGGGGACCGGGCGGGUGGCUCCGUCUCCUUCGCUCGCCUCGCCGCCUUCUUCUCUCCGCGGCCGGACCGGAACUAUGUGAUCCCGGAAGUUCCGGGGCCAUUGCUGUGUGGGAUAAACAGUAAUGGCGGAGGCUGCGGCUCCGGGAACAACAGCCACAACAUCAGGAGCAGAAGCGGCGGUGGCAGCGGCCUCCCCCACCCCUCUCCCCACAGUCGCCGCCCCGUCCCCGGGGGCGGGAGUAAGGGGCGGCGGCAGCGACGGCAGCGGCGGCGGCUGGACUAAACAGGUCACCUGCAGGUAUUUUAUGCAUGGGGUUUGUAAAGAAGGAGAUAACUGUCGAUACUCGCAUGACCUCUCUGACAGUCCAUAUGGUGUAGCGUGCAAGUAUUUUCAGCGAGGGUACUGUGUUUAUGGAGACCGUUGCAGAUAUGACCAUAGCAAGCCAUUGAAACAGGAAGAAGCAACUGCUGCAGACCUAACUGCAAAAUCAUCUCCUGCUGCUUCCCCAAGUCUCCCUGCAGCAGUCGGGCCACUUGCUGAAAUGGAUACAGGCGAAGCUGAGUCAAGAAAUUCUAACAUUGCAACUGUAGGAGCAGGUUCAGAGGACUGGGUGAAUGCUAUCGAGUUUGUUCCUGGACAGCCCUACUGUGGCCGUACUGCCCCUUCCUGCACUGACGCACCCCUGCAGGGCUCAGUGACCAAGGAAGAAUCAGAGAAAGAGCAAACCGCUGUGGAAACAAAGAAGCAGCUUUGCCCCUAUGCUGCAGUGGGAGAGUGCCGAUAUGGGGAGAACUGUGUGUAUCUCCACGGAGAUUCAUGUGAUAUGUGUGGGCUGCAGGUCCUACAUCCAAUGGAUGCUGCCCAGAGAUCACAACAUAUAAAAUCUUGCAUUGAGGCCCAUGAGAAGGACAUGGAGCUCUCAUUUGCUGUGCAGCGCAGCAAGGACAUGGUGUGUGGGAUCUGCAUGGAGGUGGUCUAUGAGAAAGCCAACCCCAGCGAGCGCCGCUUCGGGAUCCUCUCCAACUGCAACCACACCUACUGUCUCAAGUGUAUUCGCAAGUGGAGGAGUGCAAAGCAAUUUGAGAGCAAGAUCAUAAAGUCCUGCCCAGAAUGCCGGAUCACAUCUAACUUUGUCAUUCCAAGUGAGUACUGGGUGGAGGAGAAAGAAGAGAAGCAGAAACUCAUUCAGAAAUACAAGGAGGCAAUGAGCAACAAGGCGUGCAGGUAUUUUGAUGAAGGACGUGGGAGCUGCCCAUUUGGCGGGAACUGUUUUUACAAGCAUGCGUACCCUGAUGGCCGUAGAGAGGAGCCACAGAGACAGAAAGUGGGAACAUCAAGCAGAUACCGGGCCCAACGAAGGAACCACUUCUGGGAGCUCAUUGAGGAAAGAGAGAACAGCAGUCCCUUUGACAACGACGAAGAGGAGGUUGUCACCUUUGAGCUGGGCGAGAUGUUGCUUAUGCUUUUGGCUGCAGGUGGGGACGACGAACUGACAGACUCUGAAGAUGAGUGGGACUUGUUUCAUGAUGAGCUGGAAGAUUUUUAUGACUUGGAUCUAUAGCAACCUUGCGUGGCGCGGGAACUGGUCUGCCGAGCCUCAGACAGUAGCUGUCCCUGUGCUGGUGUGGCAGUGCCUGUGUUUCUCUCCUAGGCAGGCCUAUCAACUCCAGGUGCUGUCGUGAUAAUUUUUACCCAGGGCCUGUCUUCUCAAUCCCUCACCUUUCCCCAAGGAGUGUAUUGUUUUCUCUGUUUAAAAAAGUUACAAAAAUAAAUCUUAAAGUUAGUUUUUUUGUAACACGAGUUUAACUGUCAGACAGUUAGUGUAGGUUCGUUGCGUCAUCUGUUUUCAACCAGAUUGUGUUUAUGGACUUUUCACACUCAUUUUGAGGACCGCCCCAGGUUCAAAAGUAAAAGCACUGGCCUUGCUUUGAGGUCUAAGAAUAGGAGUGUUGGGUGAAGGGACCUGAGCUGGCAAGUAGCCUUCUGCUACAGACGAGGAGGUGGCUCCUUGGGGUUUCCGGUGAAAUCUGCACAUCUGUGUUUUUAUACCUGUUCCCUACCCUGGAAUCCCCACCAUGUACACUUGUUCUGUGGUUUCGAUCUCUUGUUCAAUUGCACAUAAGUAAUACUACUGGGUAACCAGAACCAGGUGAGAAUGUGUUGAGAUUUCUACUGUGUUUUGCAUGAUAGGAAAAUGGAGAAAGAAUACAUAUUAAAGAUAUAGGGUCACAAAAUCAAUGCAGAGUUGGAAGUUGACUCCCAAGGGCUGGUAGACUUGAUGUGAGUGUGGGGGAGAGGGAGAGAGAGAGAGAGUGAGUGUGUGUGUGUGUGUGUGUGUGUGUGUGUGUUUGAGAAAUAAGCUUCUCAUCCCUGCAUAGAUGCAGUAUUCUUAGCCUUAGUAGAAAAAACUUGGUUCAGUGGUUUCAGCCUUGUGUGGCAGAUAGAUCUUAAAGGACAAAGCAGUGUAUUGGUAGUUGUUAAUAUAGCAGUGCUAGCUCUGUCUAUAUACAUAGAGAAAUUGGGGUUAGCCAUAAAAGGUUAAAACUAUCUGGUUAUCCCAUAUAUUAACACAAACUGGCUCUUGGACACACAGUUGUCUUUAAUGUUCUAUGAUCUAGCCUUUCCAAUUCAGGCACUUUUUGAAAAAUCUUUGUCCUCAUUUGAGGAGUCUUAUUGUUGGGUUUUUGUGUUUGUUUUGGUGGGCAUUUGCCUCAUUCCACCCCUGAGCUUUGCAGGUUGACAGAUUUGAUUCAAAACUAUGUUCUAAGGUGUUUAUUAUAGUGGAAUAAUUGGUUUACAGUAAUAAGUCACACUUUGCCACUACAGGGGAGGGAGCGGUAAUCGAUAAGACAAGCUAAAGUUCAGUUAGAAGAAUUCCUUGAUCAGAAAUUUUACCUUUGCAUUUUGUUGCUCUUUUUACUGAAAAUAACUUGGAGAUGCUCCUGGUUUGUCCAUCCACUGCUUUGAUUCCUUCAAUCCCGCCCAUUCUUUCACUUUAAGAAAAAAAGAAAUAAUUGUUGCAGAGGUCUCUGUAUUUUGCAGCUGCCCUUUUGUAAGAAGCACUUUUCCCAAAUAAAACAAUUAAAAAAAAAA